AUGUUAGACGACACUCUAAUCUACGUCCUCGACGACAUGACAGAGAAUGGGCCAAGCUAUCUCAGUCAAGACUACAAUUUACAGCACUACAAAGAACAUAUGGACCACCUUGAAACAGCAUCUAAACUAGCCCUUCUCCGAGAAUGCUUAUGCGCACGACCACCAGUGCCACUUCUCCCAGAAAACAUCCUACAUAACAUCGAAUUAAUCCUCAUGCGCGUGAGAGACCACAAACUACUCACCCCACUAUCUUCACUCUCUCCAUCACAAACCAUCAAACAUGGCGCAUCAAGACGUACAAAUAUAUAUCUCUGGAAAGGCGACAUCACAACUCUAACCGGUAUCACGGCCAUCACAAACGCAGCCAACAGCCAAGGCCUAGGAUGUUUCCAACCAACCCACCGAUGUAUAGAUAACAUCAUCCAUACCGAAGCAGGGCCACGACUCAGAGAAGAAUGCUUCUGGCUGAUGAAAGAAAGGUCAAAGGACCUCGAGCCUGGAGAUGUGCUUGUCACUGGGGGCCAUGCGCUUCAUGCCUCGUCGGUUGUACAUACCGUUGGUCCGCAGCUUAAGCGCAGCGCUUCGCCUACAACUUUGGAGAGAGCUCAACUUGCAAAGUGCUAUGAAGGUAUCCUUGACGCCGUGGAGCUUUGGCCGCUUGGCCAAGAUGGUAAAAAAUCGGUUGCGUUUUGCUGUAUCUCAACCGGCCUUUUUGCUUUUCCAGCUGAUGAAGCUGCCAAGAUUGCUGUGUCAACUGUCACGUCAUGGUUGGAAAGUCAUUCAUCUACCACAAUCACUGAUGUCGUGUUUAACACAUUCACGGAAUCUGACACCAAGAUUUAUACUACGCUUCUUGGUUCCUCAUCGACAUCAAUCUCUCCUCUCAUCAAAAGCUCGGCGGAAGGUUCGCUCCAAGUUGCCCAAGACUGGCUUGGCUCAGCCGAUGCCAUCCUAGUCACUGCUGGUGCAGGAUUAUCAGCAGCAGAAGGAUUGGAUUAUCACUCAAGAGAUCUGUUCAAAAAGCACUUCCCCGGCUUCCUCAAACUCGGGUUGACAUCUCUUUACAGCGUGUUUGGGUACAACAAGUGGCCAUCUGAGGAAUACCGAUGGGGUUAUUACUUUACCCAUCUAAACAUGAUAUCAAAGUGGUCAAACACGCCUACGUAUCAAGCUUUGAUACCAUGGCUAGAAGCGUUUGGAUCAGAUGCGUUUGUUAGAACAUCCAAUGCAGAUGGACUAUUCCUUGCAAGCGGUUGGUCGGAAGAGCAGCUUUCUACACCACAGGGUUCAUACGCUUAUUUACAAUGUCUCAAUAACUGCAGACCCGACGCAGUGGUACCUUCUGCUCCUCUAGUCGCUGAAGCGAUGCCAUUCAUCCACCCCGUCAGCCAAAAACUGACUGAUUCCAGUAAAAUCCCAAUGUGCAAAUUCUGCGGAUUAAAGAUGAGUAUUUGCGUCCGCGCAGGAUCAUGGUUCAAUCAAUCGCCGUAUAAAAACGGUGAAGCGCAGUGGAAAGCUUGGAAAUCUCGAAUCACUAAAGAAAAGAAAAAGCUGGUGAUUCUGGAGCUUGGUGUUGGAAUGAACACGCCUGGUGUUUUGAGAUGGCCGAAUGAAGAUCUUGUGGAGAGAAGUCAAGGGUUGGUAAAAUUAAUACGCGUCGGGAUUGGAGCCGAAGCGAUGGUGCCCUGGGAACAGGAAGAUAGUGGGUUGAGUACAUUUAUUCAGGGCGAUAUUCAGCGUGUUGUACCACUGUUGUUGGAUGAUGUGCGGAAGUAG